AUGUCGCGCUUCAAUCACAGUUUCACCCUAAGUCCUCACAAAAUAUCACUUUGCUUCUUGCUAUAUGAAGUGUUUUAGUCUCCAAUAUUAAGUGUAUAAAAAUAAGAUGCUCUGAUUAAAUAUAUUAGCAAACAACUAAAGGCUGAAAACGGUGUAAAAGAAAAGACACUGAGUAAGUUGAAGAUGGACCUGAUCAAGAUAAUUGCUAAAGGUCAUUAGGUAAAUUAAGCAGCAGAUUAUGAAAUAGCAUAGUUACUCCAAGAUAGUCUCUCCCGUAUUUAGACUUUGGAUGAUCUUUAUCAAUUCUUUGAUAAAACACUCCGAGAAGAGAGAAUGCGAUAAUCGAAUAUGCAAUUGUAGAAUGGGCAGAUGAUUAAUUUCGAGUGUGGUUCUAUUAUAGAUUUGUUUAUAAGGAGAUGUGUAUUUUGUUUCAGUACUCUGAUGUUCGAGGAUAUUCAUAGACUAUUUGACAGCUUCAUUCUGUACCGAGAUAACAAAGAGUAUAAAUAUCAGCAUGCAAAGAUAAAGUUGGAUUAUUGGGCUGAAGAUAAAGCAUUUAAGAUUGAAAAUGAAAGUUUAAAGAAAGAUUUUCAAACCAUCAAGCGAGAGCUAGAUAAAGUUGAUUCAUAAAAGUUUUACUAGAAGGAACUUCUGAAUAGUAUUAAUGAGUCAAUGGCAAAAAAAGAUAUAGAAUCAGUGUUUUCACUUCAUAAAUACUUUGAUUACAAUCUCAAUUUCAUUGAUAGGACAUCAUCUAAACCAACUCACUCAGUUAAGGUGCAUCAGCCAGAACUUAAUAUAUCAGGACUCUAACUAAGGCUAGAUUUUGCGAAGACUAUGAGAUCAUCAAUGAGGAUAGGUUAAAAGUUGACUGAUGUAUUCAAAUCAAUUAAGGUAUCAGUUGAGGGUCCAAUCUGGUAUGAUGUGCUAUAAAUAGCAAAUAAAAGAUUGACAGUGUUAUAAGAACAAGUCACUACUAGAGAUUUCAUAAAAGAACUAAAACCUUUACUAAUAAUGGCAAGAUCUUAAAUAUGGGACUAAGUUGGAUCUCAGAUUCUUAAGAAACUCAACUUGAUAAAUAUAAUCAAGUAGUUUGGUUCUAAAGCACUUUCUUAGAAAGCGGUUAUCAAUCAUAUGUAUCAACAGAUUUUAACACUUAAAAAUCAAUCUGUUUAAUAGAGCAUUGAACUUAUUGAAUUACUCAUGAGAUAUGGAGAUAACAUAAUGACAGUUGAUUAUUACUUUGCAUUUUUAACUGCUGUGCAUUAGUUUUAGGUUAAUAGAAGUGAAUUCAUUGAUGCUGAGUAAAUAGAAGAUCAACUUCAAAAUUAUGUCAAGUUAUCAAGAUCAAAUGCAGAAGUAGCCAUAAUUUGGAUGCUUAAGAUUUAAAGACUAAUAGCAUUGCAAGAUUAUCACUAAGCUCAUUAAAAUAUCAUGAGCUUCCUAAAAUUUUCCACUUAAUACGGUCUUAAUCAGUUGAAACUAGAAGUAGAAUUACUGCAUUGCUAAGUCUAUAUAAAUCUAGGUGACGUUAGCAAUGCCAUGAUUUUAGUCACUAAAACUAUAGCCUCUCUAGAUGAAAAUAAUGAAGGUAAUUUUGGAAGAUUAAGACUGAUGACAUAGAUAAAAGUUUGUGAAAUAAAAAGCAAUAUCCCAUCGUUCUUAAUGGAAAGUUUAACUGAGCUUAACAGCUUGAUGCCAUCUGUAGUCGAAAAUGGAACGAAAGCCAUGUAGUUAGAAGCUAUAAAAUUGCUAGCUCAUAUUCAUUUGAAAAUAGGAUCUAUAAAUUUAGAGAAGGACAAUAAUCAUAAUCAAGAAGAAAUUUAAGAGGAAUCAAAAAUUGAGGAUGAAAUUACUUUUAAUAAUGACAGUGAAUUCCAAGAGAUAAAGAGGACUUAUCAGUAAUCACUAUUUUCCUAAGCCUCAAGAUACCUACGCUAAGCUCUGCAACUUGCCAUCUAGCUUCACAAAUUAACUGAUAUUCGUGAAAUUUCAUAUCUUCUGGCUAUUAUAUACAAUGCUUUGCCAUUGAAUAACUAGUAGAAUAAUAGAAGAGAUAGAGUGUCGUAGCUUUUUAUAAAUGCUGAGAAACUAAUAAAAAAGAACUAGUCCAACGAAUCUUAUAAAGUGCAAGCUGUAGAGAAUGAUAUCAGAAGCAUCAACUCUCUCAAUCCUUAAAUUGCAGCAGACAACAUGGAGAACCUAGACCCAAAUCACUACCAGCAACAGAAUUAUAUGAAUGCUACUAAUACCCAGGGAUUUUAAAACCCUGCAAGUAUUCAAUAAAAUACUAAAGCAUUCACAAAACCUGCUUCUCAGAUCGAUAAAUACAGAAAAUUAGAGAAGCUAGGAGAGGGAACAUAUGGAGUCGUUUAUAAAGCAGUUGAUAAGAUCACUGGUGAAACGGUGGCUCUUAAAAAAAUCAGACUCGAAAAGGAGGAUGAUGGAGUACCAAGCACAGCUAUUAGAGAAAUCUCUCUUCUAAAAAGUCUAAAACACCCUAAUGUAGUAGAAUUAAAGGAGGUACUUUAUUCAGAGAAAUCACUUUAUUUGGUCUUUGAGUAUUUAGAAUUUGAUCUAAAAAAAUACUUGAAAGCAAAGGGUACUUAACUUCCAACUCAGCAAGUUUAAAGUCUCUUAUAUCAAAUAUUAUAAGCUCUCGUUUACUUACACUCUCACAGGAUUUUUCACAGGGACUUAAAGCCCUAAAACUUACUGAUAGAUUCUACCGGAACUAUUGUCAAGCUAGCGGAUUUUGGCUUGGCAAGAGCUUUCGGAUUACCAAUAAAAACAUACACUCAUGAGGUCGUCACUCUUUGGUAUCGUUGCCCUGAGAUUUUAUUGGGACAAAAAUAAUAUUCGCUCGGUGUCGAUUUAUGGUCGACUGGCUGUAUUUUUGCAGAAAUGGCAUAAAAGAAACCUUUGUUCAUGGGUGAUAGUGAAAUCGAUUAGAUAUUCAAGAUUUUUAAAGUACUCGGCACACCUAGUGAAAAUAAUUGGCCUGAUGCAUUAAAACUCCCAGAUUUUAAGCCUAGUUUUCCGAAAUGGAAGGGUAUACCUCUAUCAGAACAUACAUAAUUCAUGGAUGAAGUCGCACUUGAUCUACUAUAAGGGAUGGUUGCUUUGGAUCCAAAUAAAAGAAUAUCAGCUAGAAUGGCUUUAUUACAUCCCUACUUUGACUCUCUCGAUAAAUCUAAGCUGCCAAUCAAUUAUUGA